CGAACUGAGCGAGCUCUUUCGUGGCCGACAGCGGACUAACGUACGUAAAAAGUUUUCCUAUGCCAAAGGUGUCACGUCCGCAAUGUUCCACUCCCACGUUCAUGUAGUGUAAAUGCGACUAAGAGCCGCAAGGGCACCCCGAACGAAUGCUCUAUUUACUUGUAGAUGCCCUCUGAUUCGGCAGUGAUGGCAUCAAAUGCCCAGGAUGAGUCAGUUUGCGGAAGUCGGUAGACGUCUAUUUGCCUGAAUCCUGGUGCUGCAUCCGGCCCGUCGCGACCUGAAUUGUCAGCACUGGCUAGACUGGAGUCAUCUCAUCAUAGCUCAUAGGUAGAUUUCGGUGGCAUCAUAAAACCAAUUGACUCCCCUCAUAAUCGUCCGAGUUCCUUCCUAGUAUUCUAAUUUCUCAACACACCAUAAUCUCAUCCUUUCUUAGAUAGCGGGCAAUACUUUGAUACCUCCGCUGUUCACAUUCAAACGACCUUAGCUCUCCAAUUCCUCCCUCCGAAUCUAAACCCCCCGCUGUUUUACGACCCCUCCACCCUUCUCCAACAACACCACACCGACCGCGACCGUCGACACAUUUCAUCAUGACGCCUGCUCCCCAAAACAUCGCCAGCAACCUCUCUGCUGCUGCCCAGCGCGGCGAGGUCUCUCACAGCUGGGAUAAGAACGUGGCCACCUCGCCGCUUGCUUCUUUCCAGUCUCCUCCCAGCUGGAGCGCCAACCUCCCUAACCGCGGCGCGCCCAAGAACUUGAAGCCUUUCAACACCAAGGAUAUCAAGAUUCUACUUCUCGAGAACGUCAAUGUCACCGGCCAGGAGAUCCUGAAGGCCCAGGGCUACCAGGUCGAGGCCCUCAAGACCUCUCUUCCUGAGGACCAGCUCAUUGAGAAGAUUCGUGACGUCCAAGUCAUCGGUAUUCGCUCCAAGACAAAGCUCACCGAGAAGGUCCUCCGACAGGCCGAGAACCUCCUCGUCAUCGGCUGCUUCUGUAUCGGUACCAACCAGGUCGACCUUGAGUUCGCCGCCAAGAAUGGUAUUGCCGUCUUCAACUCCCCCUUCGCUAACUCGCGCAGUGUCGCUGAGCUGGUCAUCGCCGAGAUCAUCGUUCUUGCCCGUCAGCUUGGCGAUCGAUCCAACGAGAUGCACCGAGGCACCUGGAACAAGGUCAGCUCCAAGUGCUGGGAGAUUCGAGGCAAGACUCUGGGUAUCGUUGGCUACGGCCACAUUGGUUCUCAGCUGUCCGUCCUCGCUGAGGCUAUGGGUAUGAACGUCAUCUACUACGAUGUUGUUACCCUGAUGGCUCUGGGAACUGCCAACCAGGUUCCUACACUUGAGAAGCUCUUGGGUGAGGCUGACUUUGUCACCCUCCACGUCCCUGAUCUCCCCGAGACACGCAACAUGAUCUCUACUCCCCAGUUCGAGCAGAUGAAGACUGGUGCCUACCUGAUCAACGCCAGCCGUGGUAGCGUUGUCGAUAUUCCCGCUCUCAUCAAGGCUAGCCGUGCUGGCAAGGUUGCUGGUGCUGCUCUUGAUGUCUUCCCCGCUGAGCCCGCUGCCAACGGUGACUACUUCACCAACGACCUCAACGCCUGGGGCGAGGAUCUCCGAAGCUUGAGGAACCUUAUCCUGACACCUCACAUCGGUGGUAGCACUGAGGAGGCUCAGCGUGCCAUUGGUAUCGAGGUCAGCGAGGCUCUGGUUCGCUACAUCAACCAGGGUAUCACUCUGGGCAGUGUCAACAUCCCCGAGGUCCAGCUCCGUUCGCUGACUUCCGACGAGCCCGAUACCGCUCGUGUCAUCUUCAUUCACCGAAACGUUCCUGGUGUGCUCCGAAAGGUCAACGAGAUUCUCGGCGACCACAACGUCGACAAGCAGAUUUCCGACAGCAGAGGCGACAACGCCUACCUCAUGGCCGAUAUUAGCAGUAUCAAAUAUGAGCAGAUCAAGGACAUCUACGACAGCCUUGAGGCUCUUAGCGCUCGCAUCAUGACCCGUAUCCUGUACUAAGAAAAGAGGCAUGGACCACUCGGUGGUUGUGAGGUUCAACCCUUACCCUUGAACUACGAUAACUUAGUAAAAAGAAACGCGAUGCGACCAACAAACGCACGGGACUUUGAAUGCAUGGAGAAGGGGGAAAUAAAGGGGGCGGCCCGUUCGUUUUGAUCCGGUCCUUGAUUCCCGGACGCGGUUGACGCAUUGAUGCAUUGGCUAAGGUCAAUGAAGGCAUGAGCAAUUCAAAACCCCAUGUCGCGCGACUGGACGAUCGUGGCUGGAGGAGGUUUUGCUAUGGAUGAUGCAAAAAGAGUCGGAAUCGCCAGAUACGGGUACGUACUCCAUUCUUGAGCGUGGAUCAAGUCAAAAGGGGGCUGGUUUUUGCGGCUGGUGCUUGAUUAAGUUAAGGUAAAAGCUCGCAACCGACUGGUUGGGCUAGUCGGUGGCACUGUAUGGAGUAAUAUGGCAUGGAUGAAUUCAACGAACAGAAACAUUUGAGCUUCAACGCAACUUAGAAUACCAAAAUAGGACCAAUCCGGUGCGAAUCGAGAGGGGAUCCCGAAGGACCAUCACUUUGUUGACCUUUAUGUACCUCUGUAGACUAACUUCAGUUCCGCGUAAGAGCUGAGAUAAGCAUGCAUACAGUUCGUCAACUGUUGGCGUAAGCUGCAGAGUCGUUUGACGUCAAACUAUGGCUUGUCGAUAAUAAAAUGUUGGGGAUAUGAGGUGCAUUUGCAUAGCCGUGCGGUUGCCGAGAAGUUCGGACCUGAAGAAGAUAAUGUACCUUCGGAAUUCGAGGUUGAAUCUGUGAUACUCUCGGCGAACAGGCUCCUCCGAGCUGCCUGGCUAUUACGAUUGUACCUUGCUGAUCCUUCAAAUAUGCCCUUGAUGGACUCAGUCCCUAGUCUUGGGGUUAUGGUGGGGAUAUAUUAAUCGGUUACUAGGGUUCAAGAGUUCCCCAGUAUUUUUUGGAAUUGGCAUCUCCUUUUUGGAGGAUCGGGCCUUGUUCAUCAAUGUAACCGGCGGGUUUCAUCUUUGGGCUUGUUGAUUGACUAUUGAAGUCUGAGAGAAUUGGUUCAUGAUGAUUGGUAUAUCAACUCUGGCGAACCAUGGCAUUGCGAUCUUUGUCUUUCAGAACACCAAGUCAAACUUCAAAUAUUCUAGGAGUACAUACGAAUUGUGUCCAGUAACUACACAGUCCCUAUAUGCACAGCUUUUGUGAUCGUUACUGCAAAUACAGUCGGUGAAGUUGUAUCAAGACAGUGCGAUUUCGAUCUCGGAGCGUUUGAUCGUCAAAUGUCAAUUAAGGGGCCUGCGGCGUAACAUUUUUUGAGCAUUAGCUCCAACAAACCCCAA